GUUAGUCGAAAAGUGUUACUGAGAAUGCUCCGUUUGGUUGUUGCGUUGUCCGCGAUAAGCUCAGCUUUGAGCGACACUUUUCCUAAACUAGUGGAAGAACCCUGGCAAGAAGCGAAAAUGUCUGAAGUCGCCAACGAAAGUAAGAAUCCCUCAGAAGAUUUGUUGAAAUUGCUAAAGAUGGCGCCCGGUUACGAUGAUGAGGCGAAGAAAGUUCAAGUAUCGUCCACUUGUUCGGGGCCUCGGUGUGCAGACGAAAAAGUCACUUAUCCCAAUUAUGAAUUUGAGGCUUUAUUGUCGAUUUUGGGCAAUGCAUUCUUGAUUCCCGUUGACGCGAAACCCGGCUUGAACAAGCGAGGAAUGGGGGAGAUGCGAGCAAGGCUCGCCAGUCUCACAUUUGCGCUGAAUCCAAUUAUGAAUGCUUUGAUUCAGGGUAAAAAAUCAGGAUGUUUUACGGCAGAAACGAUUUCCAAUGUAGAUCAAUCUUUGGAAGCAAUUCUUACUCUACUGACUGAACUGCAUACUGAUGUCAACUUGGUGGAAUUGAGAGAUUGGGCCCUGCCAAAAUAAGGUUUCGCACAUUCCGAAACUGUUAUGGCACAAUCAACUAUGUUAUAAGAAAGUAUCAGAACUAGAACGUUGAAUAAAAUUUCUAUAAUGGUGGACAAAAUAAAA